UUUAGCGGCAGAUACCAGAGGAGACGGAAAAGAGACGCGCAAUAUUUUCAUUUUUCUUUUUUUCCUGUGGAUUCUUCUUCUUUGAAGUAACUUUCCUUCAAAUUUAUCGCAGAGGAUUAUUGGUGGACUACACAUUUUGAGGGAUUUUAUUACUUUGGCUCUGCUGUUUAAAUUGAACAGGGAGCAGGUUGCUGUUUCACCAUGAAACUGACAGGAAUAUUUUUGCUCUUGAUGCUUUGGACCUGCGAGAGCGCAAGAGUCGCAGAGAGUCGGGACGACAAUAGCGUGUAUGACUUGUUUGAGCUCAUCCGUGUCCCCAGUAAGAACCACGGGGUCACCCUGGUGCGAGGAGACGACCCGUACAGCCCCGCCUACAGGAUCCUGAACCCGGACCUGAUCCCCCCCGUCCCCGACAGCGCCUUCAGGGACCUGAUCGACUCCAUCCACGCCGAGAGGGGCUUCCUGCUCCUGCUCAACUUCAAGCAGUUCAAGCGGACCCGGGGCAGUCUCCUCACCGUGGAGAAGCGCGAUGGAUCCGGACCCGUGUUCGAGAUCAUCUCCAACGGCAAGGCCAACACCCUGGACCUGGUGUACUCCACCGAGAACAAGCACCAGGUGGUGUCCAUCGAGGAGGCGGACCUGGCCACGGGCCACUGGAAGAACAUCACGCUGUUCGUGCAGGAGGACCAGGCCAAGCUGUACGUGGGAUGCGAGGAGGUGAACAACGCGGAGCUGGAGGCGGCGAUCCAGAGCAUCCUGACGCAGGACACGCCGGCCGCGGCGCGGCUGCGGGUCGGCAAGGGCGCAGUCAAUGACAGGUUCAUGGGGGUGCUCCAAAACGUGCGCUUUGUGUUUGGAACAACGCUGGACGCCAUCCUGCGCAACAAAGGAUGCCAGAGCUCGAGUGCACCUGACUCCUUGAUCCUGAAGAAUCUCAACGGCUCUUCUGCCAUCAGAACAGAGUACACAGGACACAAGACUAAAGACCUGCAGAUGGUCUGUGGUUUCUCCUGUGAGGAUCUCAUCAGCAUGUUCAAGGAGCUGAAGGGUCUCGGUGUGGUGGUGAAAGAGCUUUCCAAUGAGCUCCGCCAGCUGACAGAUGAGAACAAGCUAAUUAAAAACCACAUUGACAUACACACCGGCGUCUGCAUCCACAAUGGCAUCGUCCACAAGAACAAAGAUGAGUGGACGGUCGACGACUGUACCGAGUGCACUUGUCAGAACUCUGCUAUUGUGUGCCGCAAGAUCUCCUGCCCUCUGAUCCCCUGUGCCAACGCCACGGUCCCCGACGGAGAGUGCUGCCCGCGUUGUGGAACACUGAGUGACUAUGCAGAGGACGGCUGGUCGCCGUGGUCUGAAUGGACCUAUUGUUCUGUGUCUUGUGGGCGGGGCAUCCAGCAGCGUGGGCGCUCCUGCGACCGUAUCAAUAACAACUGUGAGGGCACCUCUGUGCAGACCCGCGACUGCUUCCUCCAGGAGUGUGACAAGCGCUUCAAGCAGGACGGCAGCUGGAGCCACUGGUCGCCCUGGUCAUCCUGCUCUGUCACCUGCGGCGCCGGCUUCAUCACCCGUAUCCGCCUCUGCAACUCCCCCACACCGCAGCUCGGAGGCAAGAAGUGUGAGGGAGAGGGUCGGCAAAACGAAAAGUGCCAGAAGUCGGCGUGUCCCAUUGACGGAGGCUGGGGACCCUGGUCGCCCUGGGAUACGUGCUCCCUCACCUGCGGCGGUGGUGUCCAGACUCGGAAGCGCCUGUGCAACGAUCCUGAUCCACAGCACGGUGGUAAAGAGUGUGUUGGUGAUGCCCUGGACAGACAGAUGUGCAACAAGAAAGGCUGCCCUAUCGAUGGGUGCUUGUCCAACCCUUGUUUCUCCGGAGCCAAGUGCACCAGUUUCCCCGAUGGUUCUUGGAAGUGUGGAAAGUGUCCAACUGGCUACUCUGGCAACGGCAUCAAAUGCAAAGAUGUUGACGAGUGCAAGGAGGUACCAGAUGCUUGCUUUGAGUUUAACGGCGCGCACCGCUGUGAGAAUACCGAUCCAGGCUACAACUGUUUGCCCUGCCCUCCCCGAUACUCAGGACCCCAGCCUUUUGGCCGAGGUUUGGCGCAAGCUUCUGCUAAUAAACAGGUGUGCACACCGCGUAAUCCCUGCGUCGAUGGAAGCCAUGACUGCAACAAAAACGCCCGCUGCAACUACCUCGGACACUUCGCCGAUCCCAUGUUCCGCUGCGAGUGCAAGCCAGGCUAUGCUGGCAACGGACACAUCUGCGGAGAGGACUCAGAUCUGGACGGGUGGCCCAAUGCUGAUCUGGUGUGUGUGGAGAAUGCAACAUAUCACUGCAAAAAGGACAAUUGUCCCAACCUUCCCAACUCUGGGCAAGAAGAUUACGAUAAGGAUGGAAUUGGAGAUGCUUGUGAUGACGAUGAUGACAACGAUGGCAUUCCUGAUGAUAGGGACAACUGCCCAUUCGUGUACAAUCCCAGGCAGUACGACUACGACCGCGACGAAGUAGGCGAUCGCUGCGACAACUGCCCUUACAACAGUAACCCCGACCAGACAGACACCGACAACAAUGGGGAGGGAGAUGCCUGUGCUGUGGACAUCGAUGGAGAUGGGAUAAUGAAUGAGAAGGACAACUGUCCCUACGUAUACAACGUUGACCAGAGAGACACAGAUUUGGACGGAGUGGGAGACAUGUGCGACAACUGCCCUCUGGAACAUAAUCCCGAUCAGUUGGAUUCGGACGACGACCGCGUGGGAGACGAGUGCGACAGUAACCAGGACAUCGAUGAGGAUGGACACCAGAACAACCUGGACAACUGUCCGUACAUCUCCAACGCCAACCAGGUUGACCAUGACAAGGAUGGCAAGGGAGAUGCCUGUGACCAUGACGACGACAACGACGGCAUCCCCGAUGACAAAGACAACUGCAGGCUGGCCUUCAACCCCGAUCAGCUGGACUCCGAUGGUGACGGCCGUGGAGACGCUUGCAAAAAUGAUUUUGAUCAGGACAAUGUUCCCGACAUCUAUGACGUGUGUCCUGAGAACUUUGACAUCAGCGAGACGGACUUCCGCAAGUUCCAGAUGGUUCCUCUGGAUCCUAAAGGAACCUCCCAGAUUGAUCCUAACUGGGUGGUCCGACAUCAGGGCAAAGAGCUGGUUCAGACCGUCAACUGCGAUCCUGGCAUUGCUGUCGGCUACCAUGAGUUCAACUCGGUGGACUUCAGUGGGACCUUCUUCAUCAACACAGAGAGGGACGACGACUAUGCUGGCUUCGUGUUUGGCUACCAGUCCAGUUCCAGGUUCUAUGUGGUGAUGUGGAAGCAGAUCACACAGACCUACUGGUCAAACAAACCCACUAAGGCCCAGGGUUACUCGGGCCUGUCUAUUAAAGUGGUUAACUCCACCACCGGCCCAGGAGAGCACCUCAGAAAUGCACUCUGGCACACAGGAAACACAGCAGGACAGGUCCGCACUCUCUGGCAUGACCCUAAGAACGUUGGAUGGAAAGACUUCACCGCCUACAGAUGGCACCUGAUCCACAGGCCAAAAACUGGACUGAUUCGAGUUGUGAUGUACGAGGGCAAGAAAAUCAUGGCAGAUUCUGGUAGCAUCUAUGACAAGACAUAUGCAGGUGGCAGACUAGGUCUUUUUGUCUUCUCACAAGAGAUGGUAUACUUCUCAGACCUCAAGUAUGAAUGCAGAGAUGCAUAAAUGGACGGCGCAGAAACCUCUGAGGAAUGCACCUUUUUUUUUGUACAAAGUAAGAACUUAUAUAUUCUCCUGCGAAGCCGAGGAGCCGACUUAUCUCCGCAACGCUUUCUUCUGUGGCACGCACACUCGGACAGGGCGAAGGGCAUGUGGCCAGCCUCAGGGUAACUUGAAGUUGGUUCGGGCAGAGCUCCAACCAGCUGAGGAUCAGAGAGCAGGGAGAGCUGGAGACAAAAAGUAGAUAAAUAAAUAAGACAAGCUCCUGAGCCGUGCGAGUAGGACACCAACAUCUUUCUACCCCAGCUCUGCCUGCCUGAAAGACCUCAUUCAUGUCUGUGUGGGAACGGUUCCUCAUAGAAAACUAUGCACUUCUAGGCCUUUACAUCUCUCUCUGUCUUUCUGUCUAAGGUUUUCAGCCUGUGUGCCUUAAUGCCUUACUUACUGGACGGACACCCCAAAGAAGAAUAACUGUAUGUUCGCUUUUUCUUUUACCAAAUCGGCCAGGAUUUAGUUUCUGAGGGAUUCGACCUUCGAGUACUCAGAGGUUGAAGAUAGACAAAGAUUGAUGCUUUCUAGUAAAUUUCGCUGUCUAGUACUUGUGACUUAAAAAAAAAAACUGUUGGAACGAGUUAGAAAUGAGGAUUAGUGGCUGGAUGUGUUCUUGCAUGUCACGUUUGGAGAAGCAUGGCCUUGAAUGGAUUAAGAAAGUUAAUUUACAUAAGAACCUCUGUCUGGGACAAAUCUAGUUUACCUGCAAGUAUCAUGGAUUUGCUGAUGGUUUUUUUUUUUUUACUCCAUCAUUCUCCAAUUAAUUUGGGCCUAGGAUCACAAAUCCAGAACUCCCUUCAAAAUAAUCUUCAUGUCCCGUCAUAUCUCAACCUUGGUCACUGAAGAGAUUUAUCUCUAUCACCUUUGAGGUUUUCAGUAUGAAAUGAUGUAAAUAAAUCUAAUUUAUUGACUCUUGCCUACAGUGUAGGCAGUAAACAAAAAUGUAAUACUUUGAAAAAGUUAAAUAUAUACGUAUUUUAGUCAAAAGACAACUGUCACAGUAAAAAACUCACUCAAAAUCUGGUCCAGCCAAUUGUCAGCUGCAGGAUGCAUGCUCAGUGUCUCUCACACGCAGCUGUUUUAAACUAAACUAGAUAUUCUUCGGAUAGGGCUGUUUACUAUGAAGUGUAUGUGCCUUGUGUACCUUUUCUGCAGAGAGAGAUGAAAAACAAAGGAAAUCUUUGAUGUACAAUUAUUACCUCAUUGCUGUUUAUAAUUUGAUCAAAUAAAAAAAAACAACCUAAGUGCUUUUUUUCACAUUCGUCUGAAAUGGUGGACAUCAUAGUGCUACUGUAGCAUGAGCUGUAAAUACUGAGACAUUUCAUAUCUAGAAACAGCAGCGCUCCCGAUCCCACAAUGCACCCCGGUGAAAACGGGACAUUUCGUUUUUGCAAUUUUGCUUUUCCGAUUUGUAUGUCCGAUGCAGUUUUUAGCGGAUAAAUUAUUGUUCUGUUCUUGUCUUAGCUGUUUGCGAGAGGUUGAUUUGUCUGUGCGUGUGUGUAGAUAAAUGCUAUUUAAAUAAUUUAUCGGGAUCUGUCGCCUUACAACAGGCCACAUGUCCGUCUGUAUAAACGGUUUGCACACUGACGUGAGGAUGUUCUGUUCUUUAUCGUUUUUACCUUUUUUUUUGUUUUGUUUUUGUGUAUCAUUGUUACUAUUUUUUUGUACAAUUAGAUUUGCUUGUCUGUAAACAUUUUCUUAGAUGUACAAAGCAAAAUGCAGUUUUUAUUCAUAGCGACUAUUUUGUUACAUACGAUAAGAAAAUAAAAGUCUGUUGUCUCCAA